CGAUGCUGACUGUCUCUGACUAAUUAUGGGCAUGGCCUCGGCGCUGCGGUCCCUUCCAAUGUCAUUCCUCAGGUUCUUUGUUCUGUCGUGUGCCUGGAGGCCGACACAUUAUUCUGGUCGUCUCAUGACUGCUGGUGCUCGGAAGCCGCUUCAACCGUCUCCUCACACAUUGGACUCAUCACUAUCAACACACUAAUGUCUUUGGCACAUUUGGUUACGCAACCUCGUCUUCCCCUGCUUGUGAUUCGGAGCUGAUAAAGCCACCUGACGUGUUAUGAUCGGACGAGAUAAGUUUAUUUAUGCAGAAAAGCACAAGACAUCAGUGUGUCUCACUGGCUCACAGAUACACAGAUGAGAGUGGACAACUGCACGAGCACCUGCGAGGGCACAGUGCUAUGGCGGCUCCUUCACUUUGGGGGUCACAGCUUCAGUGAACACUUGCUCUCUCUUGAGAACCGUGCUGUGUGUCCAUUGCUUGUAGCUUCUUAGCUUGACAAAUCGAAGAAGUGAUGUCCACGUCUGGCUCGUCCAUUUUCCUGCUGGCGGCUUUUCUCUUGAAUGCAAGACAUGAUGUUCCCUCGUGAUGGACUGUGACGGAAAGGUGGUCUGUCACAGUCCAUCACAUUCCAUUCAUCCGCUAAAAAUAUACGUGGUGGGUCAAAAAGGGAAUAUGCUAUCGGGAAAAAACCCCACAGGGGAAGCAGCGGAUGAUCCUGACCCCAGGCCUCAUCACUCACAGUGCUGCCUCCUCGACCCGACAUGUUCUCUUUAAAUGCAGAGAUGUUUCCCUAAAAAUGGCGAAUAUUUGAUCCAUGUUUGACUCAUUGAACCUGAUAAGGUCAAGGGAAGCAUGCAAGCUGCCGGGAGAGAUUUACUUUCAUCAGAUGGACCGUCGAGCGUGACAAGGCUCAGAUGCUCAUGGAAGUAAACACGGAUCCACCCGCAGAGAUAAAUCACAUUUUACGAGGACGCGGCUCGUGGUGCGGUAUUUCCAGAUAUAAAUACAGCUCGCCUACUUUUUUCUGCUCCGUUUCACCGCGUCCUGUGACGAGGAGGCAGAGGGGAAUCUUGACGCUGGUUUCUGGAAUCACAGCCAUGUGUUUGCUUCACGCUCAUCCAUCCAGGUCAUCGGAACAGACAGCUGUUCUGGGUUUGGAACUCCCAGAACUACAGUGGAUGACGUGAGAGUUACUGCUGUCUGUACGGAACAAAGCGUAUCAGGUCAUAGCAACAAGCUGCCAAGAUGGCCGCCAGCGAACAUACCUGUCAUUUUCAAGCAAUGUUAUCAUCACUGCCUUCCAUGCCUUGUUUACCUUGCUGUUCUCCAAUUUAUCCAGCAGGGGGAGCAGCUCAGAGUCAAGUUUAUGCCAACAGCAAACUCCAAAAUCAACAUGGCUACUGUGGAAGAAGCAUGGAUCAUGUAGCUCUUGCACAAAAGAGGAAACAGAGCCAGCGUUGUAGGAGUCGAAGUGGCUAGGUCCCCUCAUGGAGCAGUACUCUGAAGACCCGAGUGUUUCCUGGCUCGUUGCAUCCGAGCGUGUGUCUGCGGUGGAGCCCUGACAGCCGGCGACAGGUGCAGCAGGCAGCUACAGUGUCACAGGAAGCGCUCUCAUCGACAGACUUGAAGGACGGCUGCUUUAGAACAAAACGCUUGCUUGUCACGGAAGACCUCGCCGCUGAAUUAACACAGAUCCAAGGAAAACACGCCUGUCGGACCCUCGGAGCCCUGAAAAGUGCCAGUCGCAGAGGUCUGGAAUGAAACCGCCGCGUUCAGGAGGAGUUUGAUUCCGUAUGUGUAGAGAUUCAGCGCCGGUCGGUUGGCGGCUGCAGCGUCAUGGCUCCGGCUCAAAGAAGAAUAUGAAUGUGAAGGCGACACAAAGGUGGGGGGACAAGAAGAAGCGGCGAGGCAAACGUUCCUGGCAUCAGCCUGAUGGAAGCAAAGGCUACAGCGCAGGUGCAGUUACCAGUGUUUGACCACUAGAGGCACGUUCAUGAUGUGCCACUCUCGCCCGUCAGAAUUGUCUUCUAAAGAUGGCGCCAACACACUGCCCAGAAGCGCCGGCCCACCCUGCUGGAAAAGCCUCCCGACAGAGUGAGGAGCCCAGAAUCAACUCGGAGCCAGUCCAGCUCUGUCGGAGACUCUCAUGGUCAUGGGCGGGGGGGAUCUGGUGCUCCUCAGCGCGCUUGUAUAGAGGCGGAAGAGCAGUGAGGAGGAGGAGGAGGAUGCUGCUGCUGCCGCCUCUCAUUUAAGCAACUGCUCCUCCAACCAGGGUGGAGAGGUGCAGAGAAGCCUGGACAGCGAACCUCCUGCCCGGGGACAGGGGGAAGCCCGGCUCAGCCUGAGCCCUGAAGGAGGAGUUGGAGCUCUGGAGGACGGUCAUUCAUGUGGAAUAGCUGACUGUGUUGCGGGGAUUUUGAGGAGCAUGACAAACAUGAGUGGCUCGACUAAUGUUCAGUACCACUCGGCGGGGCUGUACGGCGGGAACAACAACGGCAGCGGCGGCAGCUCUCCCCUCUCCAGCCGUGGGAGCUCCCCCAUCACGUGCCAGCGCUGCGGUGAGGUCUGUCGCGGGGAGGUCGUCCGCGUCAAGAGCACGCACUUCCACGUCAGCUGCUUCACCUGCCAAGUGUGCGGCUGCGAUCUGGUCCACACGGGUUUCUUCCACCAUGAUGGAGAGUACGUCUGCACUGAGGACUACCAGCGGCUGUAUGGGACGCAGUGUGACAGCUGCGAGCAGUACAUCAUGGGAGAGGUGGUGUCUGCGCUGGGGAGGACGUACCACCCUCACUGCUUCGUCUGCAGCCUCUGCAGGAGUCCCUUCCCGAUCGGAGACAGGGUGACCUUCUGUGGGAAGAAGUGUGUGUGUCAGCAGUGCUCACACACACUCAACAUUGACAAGCCGGUCAAAGUCCACGGACCAAGCUACUGUGCCGGCUGUGGCGAGGAGAUCAAGCAGGGUCAGUCGCUGCUGGCGCUCAAGAGCCAGUGGCACGUCAGUUGCUUCAAAUGCCAAACAUGUGGCUGCGCGCUCACUGGGGAGUACAUCAGCAAAGAAGGGAAACCCUACUGUGAGACUGACUACCACUCUCAGUUUGGGAUCAAGUGCGAGAGCUGCAGCAUGUUCAUCAGCGGCAGAGUCCUGGAGGCUGGAGGAAAGCACUACCAUCCCAGCUGUGCCAGAUGUUCCCGCUGUCACAUGAUGUUCCUGGAGGGGGAGGAAAUGUACCUCACAGGAUCAGAAGUUUGGCAUCCCAUGUGUAAAGAAGCGGCACGGCUGGAGAGGAAACUGAGGCCAAGAAGAAACUCCGAGAGCAUCUCCUCUCCAGGCUCCUCUCCGCUCCUCGGCUCUCCGAACCGCCUUGUCUUUUCUAAGGUUGAGAGCGACGUUUUGGGUUAUAAGCAGUUGGCAGCUCUUCCGAGGGUCAAAGCCGUGUACGGCGUCCAGCCGCCGGACGUCAUCCCCUAUCAGGGCGAGAGCACCAACCUCUCUGACGACACUCUGGAUGGAUUCAGCUGUGGACAGUCACUGCGCUCCAUAUCACCGUACACAAACGACCUGCUGGACGGCGUGGACAUGAGAACCAGGCGCUCCUCCAGCUCAGCCUUCACUGACUCCCCAACUCCAAGCCGCCAAGGAGGCUCCCCUCUGCACUACUAUCUGCCAGCAGAUGAGUCCAAUAUCUACAGGAAGCCUCCCAUCUAUAAAAGACAAGACGCCGCUGCCUCUCUGACCGCCAGCGUGAGUAAAGCCAACCAGAAUCUCAUCAACUCCAGCCGCCUCUGCAACAGCAACAUUUAUCACCCGGACUCCAACUACUACCCGUACUCCGGCUCGCCCAAAAGCUCCAGAACACGGAGAUUUUCAUCGGGAGGGGACGAGGACGGAUUCAAUCACAACAUCAGCAGGGCGAUCGGCAGGUUGAUCCUGAAGGAGGAGAUGAAGGCUCGGUCCGUCCCGCACGACAAUGAGCAGUGGCAGAGCAGCAGCAGUCCUCACUUCAACCACAAGGAGGCGCUGAACAAUCAUGCUGCAUGCAACUCUCUGAGCAGCUCUCCCAGGUCCAUCAAUGGUGUGGACAUCGACUCGUACAUGGCUAAGUCUUCCUCGUUGCCAGGCUACAGGAGGAAUGGCCAGAACAGGCCAGGAGGCGGAGCUCCAGAUUAUUACCAGUAUGACAGCAGCAACGCCGUCAACUGGCAGGUCAGGGAAUACAAGGUGAGCGUGUGUGUUUUCUGUCCGAGACAUUCUGCCCAACAAAGAGAAGCGUGUGAUUAAUCCGAACCUGUGUGGCAGAUCUACCCGUAUGAGGCUCUGAUGGUGUCCGUCCGCGGACAGAAGCGUCUCCCCUGUGACGUGGACCGAGCCAGACUUGAGCGCCACCUAUCUCCAGAGGAGUUCCAAAGAGUCUUUGGCAUGUCCAUGUCCGCCUUCGACCGUCUGGCUCAGUGGAAGAAGAACGAACUGAAGAAACAGGUCCGACUGUUCUGAGAGGGAAGUAAACCGUCUUCCUGUCGUCCACACUGGGAUUCUGGAGGACAAAAAUCGGUUUUCUGUUUCACCACAAGGUGGCGGUGUGUUGCAACUAACCGAAAAUAACGCGUUGCACUGUUGUUCAUUCGCAAUAUGAUGACGGCAUUCACAUUUUUCUUUAUUGCUGUACAGAUGACGUGAAUAUACCGUUACAUGAACCUUCUGAAAACCAAAGUUGCUCUGCGAUCUUUUUUUAAUCGGCUUAAUUUAAAGGUGUUUUUUAUCAUUAUGUGCGCAUUUGAAGACUUAUUUAUAAGGUCCUAUGAAUGAACGUCGUAUUUAUACAUCCUGAGGUGUCCGUUCAUUUAUUUUUUCUUAUUUGUUUUUUUGAGCAGGAUUCUGUCUGUUCACAUUUAUUUUGGAACUAGAUUAUUCUUGUGUUUGUUUGUAGUGCAACUAAGCAGUUUAAUUUAGAGAGAAGGGGCGGGAUUGAUGAGCAGAUAUGAACCACAGCGGAGCUCAAAGAGGGAAGUGCGUGAGUUGACACCGUUGUCUUCCUGUCACUGGGACAUGGAUGAUCUUUCGUUUGAAAACUGUUUUUGCCCACAAAAAAAAUCCCAAUAAACGACAGA